ACUUAUAGAGCAACUGAAUCUGUCACUGAAAAGUAAAGAAGCUAUAAUUCAACACCUUGAAGAGGAAAAGUCUCAGAGUGGAUCUUAUGAUGGGAACUUAUCAGCAGAAAAAAUCAGAGAACUUACCCUUGCUUUGAGGCAUGAAAAAGAUAGUGAGCUAGAGGCUGUUAGAAUGGAGCUCAAAAACGAAAGAAAUUCCUUUGAAAAAAAAAUUCAGUCACUUCAAGAAGAGCUACAAGAGAGAGAAAAUGAGCUUGCUGUUGAAAAGAAGAAUGGUUUGAAAAGGGAUAAAACCAUUCAAGGACUAACUGUUGCAUUAAAAGCAAAGGAAAAAGAGAUUGAGGAGCUUGUUUCAGAUAUUGAAGAUCUAAAUGCUUCAUUGGCUAAGGCAAGAGAAGCAACUCAUAAAGCACACAUCCAAAAAUUCAAGGGUGCUGAGGAUUAUCAAGCUCUUUUGAUGGAAAAAGAGACCCUCUUAGCAGAGCUGCGUUCAGAAAACCUUACAAAGGAUGCUGAGAAUCGUAAACUACAAAGGAGGAUUAAAAGGACCGAUCAAGAGCUAAAUGAUUUGAAUUUAGAAAGAGAGAAAAUGGAGAAGGAGCUGGAUGAAGCACAACUACAGAAGAGCAGAAGUGACAAAACUAUUAAUGACCUUAGAAAUCAACUAGAGAAAUUACAUGGUGAAAUGACUGAGAAGGAAAAAGCAGUUGAACAUCAUUACAAUAUUCUUUUGAGUGAAAGCAAUCAGAAGUUGCAGAGCCAAGAACUAGUUAUCAAGCGGCUAACAGACAAUGUCAAUCAAAAGGAUCUACUGCUUCAGAAACUUGACGGAACAGUUAAAGAGAAGGAUGCAGAAUUGCAGGAGCUCCUGAAUAAGUACAAUAACCUUCUAAGAGCCAAUGAAGAACUUGAACUGAAAAAUGAGGGCUUACUAAAGGAAAAAUAUGCUGCACAGUCUCAACAGUCAAUCAUCAAGAUAGUCAGAGAGUUAGAGGAAAAUAAAGAAGCUGAAUAUGAAAAGCUGAUCCUUGCUUUAAGAAAGGAACAAAAUAUUUAUUCUACACUAGUGAAGACCUUCAAAGAAUCAGACAGUAUAAAUAGCUUGCAAACGGAACUAAACAACAUUUUCAUGUUGCGAAAACAACUAGAAGAAGAUGUUUUAGCUAAUCGGAAUCUACAGAAGGUCUUAGAAGAUCAGAUUAAGGACAUGAGAAGCCGGCAAGAUGAAACAGUCUCUUUCUGUGGAGAUCAGACAUCUUAUAUGAGUAUCUGUUUAGGAGAGCGAGAUCAUUUAAGCCUACAGGUAGACCGUCUGUCUCUUGAAGAACUUAAGAGAAAGGUUACUGAUCUUCUCUUGAUGGUUAAGGAUCUGCAGUCAAUUAAUCAAGAACUUAAGAAAAAACAGCUUGGACUUUGCGCAACAGAUUCUCAAGGGAAGGAAGCACUGAAAAUAUUGAACCACAGCGAGUGUCUUGAAAUAACAGAGGAGCCUGUGAUGCAGACUGAAGAUGGUGACAGUGACAGGAAGAUGCAGAACAGUCAGUUUUCUGAGAGGAUCAGUCAGGUAUGCCUUCAAGUAUCUUUGGAUUUUCCCUCUGCGGUGGACAAACAGAUUACUCCGUCGGGCUAUUCAGAGAGUUUCUGCGAAGAUAGACAUUAUAGCAGUCCAAAUAAGCCUCAGUUUGAACAUGAUACGACUGGCAAACACUUUGGCAGAAUAGGAAUGAGUGAACAUGAAACACAAGAGAACUUGCUCACAUCUCUUUUAACAGAAAAUAGAACAUCUGUACUGGAAUCUACCAGGCAAGAACAAAUGAAAAUUGUAAAUGAACUGUUAGAUCAUCUGAACACAACUGAGCAAGAAUGUUCAAGUGAAGAUAUAGAGAAAAAGGAUGAAAAAGAUCUUAGGCAAAUGAUUUUUCAACUAAGAGCUGAACUCAAACAUUUCAAGCAGGUCAAUAAAUUCUUAAAGCAGCAAGUGGAAUUGAAAUCAACUUUUGAUGGGAACGAGAAGCUUUAUCCGGAUGCAAUGCCACAGAUUAAUAAGGAUAUUGAGUUGUUGGAAGUGGAAUUGAAAGAUGAAGCUACACAAACAAUGACUUUAGAGAAUAAUGUCAUGAGAUUCAAAAAAGGCAAAGAUUCAGGCAAAGAUUCAGGCAAAAAAGGAGCCUCAGAAGAAAAGCCAAAAUAUUCAAGAUUAAAUGGAGAAGGAGAACAUCAGCAAGAAAAUGUGUAUAAGAAGGGUGAACAGCAUGAAAGACUUUUUCUUACAAGGGGAACAAAUGAAACUGCUGCUGCUAGCCAGCCCAAGAAGUCCCGUCUGCCUGUUCUCUUAAAAUCAUCCAGGCCAUUACGAAACGUGCCUUUGAACUCCUGUAUGCAGAAUGCAGAUUCAAAACUACAGCAUCGUACCAGGGCACCUCAUGAAGGUCUGAAAGCAUGUGAAGUACAAAGCAAACAGUUCCAGCCACAAACAAGUGGAGAGUUAUUAUUGAAUGAGACUGUAACUGAAAACCUUCAAGAAGAGCCUGCACAGGAAAGCACAUCAGUGAGAGUUGACUCAUUGCUCAAACUGGAUAAUAGUGAGGUCCAGGUGGAGUUGCAAGGUGUUGAUCUGGGUACAGAAAGCAAGAAUGGAUAUGCGAUGGACAGAAAUCAGCAAAGCUAUCAAGAAAUGCAAAAUCAUCAUAACAUUAGCAACGUGAAUAUCCAGUGUUCAUUCGAAGAGAUAAAUGAAGAGUUUUAUUCCAUGGAACAUCAGGACAUUGACUCAGCCGCCGCACGUUCAGGUUGCAAGUGCCUGCGUUCUCUCAAAUUGAGUGUAACAAAUACAGAUGCACUUGAUGACUGUGAAGUCAUAAAUGAUAUAGAAGAACUGAAACAAAGAAUUAAGAAUAUGAAGUCUGAGCUUGAGAAGUACAAAAUGUUCGUGUUUCAUUUACAGACCUCUGACCAGCUUUUAUCGAGUGGUAUUUCCAACAGAGUUUUGAGUGAUGCAGCCUUGCCUGCGGAAGGACAUGUUACACAAGCACAAGAUACAGCUGUGCAAGAAAUCAGAACAUUUUCUGGUGUACAUCAGCUGAUGGAUUAUGAGAUCCACGCUGAAAAUAGGAAUUCAGAGUCUUCAAAAGCACCUGAUACAUGGACAGCACAAAACCUUAAGGAACUACUGCCAGUGAAUGAGACAGAACUUGAAAAAGGGCAAAUUGCAAAUGUGCAUCUUGAUGAAAUGUAUCAUCUUCAGAACAAACUGAGAGAAACAUCACCAUCCAAAUAUGAUUCAUUAGUUCAUUCACAAGCUCGAGAACUCUCCUUUCAACGCCAACAAAUUAAAGAGAUCCACGGUGGUUGUGUCGCUUACCAUCAACAUCUGAUGAGCCUUAUUAAAGCUUUUGAGGAACUGCUUCAAGCCAGUGAUGUAGAUUAUUAUGUUGCUGAAGGCUUCCGUGAACAACUGAAUCAAAGUGUACUAUUGUUUGAGAAGCUAGAAAGGAAAUUCCUGUAUGGAGAAUCAAUAGGUACAGAAGUUACUAUACUUUAUGAAUUAGCUCAAAGGGAUAAUGAGAAGAACGCUACAAUGUACCAGCAACGAAAGGAUGAAUCACCUGUACCAUCUGCUCUUCAUAGCUUGUCUGACUUUGAUUUGUCAGAAAAGUCGUCUCUUGGAUCGCCUGAGCACAGGCAUGACCUAGAAGGACAGCAUGGCACACUGGCGCUUCUGCCAAACAACUUUCCCCCAGAGUUAUUAAUGGAGCAUCUGCAAGAAAUUCGGAUCCUGAGACAACGUUUAGAAUACUCCAUAAAAACUAACGAGAGACUGAGGAAGCAGCUUGAGAGACAAGUAACAGACAAGGAGCUAGAUCAAGGUUCUGCAAACAUUUUUAUCCAUGGCUCAGAGCAGCAUAAUUCCCUGACUUCUGAAACACAUUUCCUGAGGAAGCAAAAUCAAGUUCUGAAUGCAAUGCUAGCAAAAGGAUCCAGAGAUAAACAAAAGGAAAAUGAAAAGUUGAGAGAAUCUCUUUCUAAAAAGAAUGCAAUCAUUGAGCAUCUUCAUGAGGAUUAUGAAUGCAUCAAGAAAGAAAAUGAAAGGUUGCAAAAACAAAUUGGCGAAAAGGAAGAUGAAACCAGAUAUCUGACAUGUCAAAUUUACAGCAGUCGUAAUGAAUUAAACAGGUUGCAAACAGAAAUUAAUGUGAAGCAACAUCAGCUCUCUGAGAAUGAGAAGUUACUGCAGUCGCUCCGAACUGAGAUCAAGGUUUAUGAAAAGCUGGAGGAAGCAAGAAGGAAGAGGACAGAUCCCAGAUGUGACGCAUCAGAAGAAUUCCGAAAAGAUCAGAAUAAUCCACUUGACUUACAUGAACUAUUAACUGAAAUACAGAGUUUACGAGUGCAGCUUGAGAGAAGCAUAGAGACAAACAAGUCUUUGCAUGAAAAAUUAGAGGAACAGCUUUCGAAAGAAAAGAAAGAGGAAGUGGGAUCAGUGUCCGCUGUAAAUACCAACUAUCUUUUCAAACAAGAAUCUCAGCAUUAUCCAGGAAUGAACGAAAAUCUUUGUAAAUGCCCUGCUGCGAGCAGAAACAUUUGUGAGCCGCAGAAGCGUGGACAUUGCAUUUCGCUGGCGAAAACAGGUACAUCCAAGACCUCUAAAGAUGAUUUAGACAGCGCUUCCCACUGCAGCAGCACUUCAUCCUCCAGUACAGCAUGUACCCCUCGCCUGGUGCCUGGCCACCGUAUGUGGGCAGACAAAAACGGGCGCCACGUUCUUGGCUUGAUCGAGGAUUAUAAUGCCCUGCGGAAACAGAUUGCAGAAGGACAACAAGUUUUAGCAGAAAUGGAGAUUUCUUCAAGAGAGGUCACUGGUACGAAACUGCAGGAGCCUGGAAUAAAGAUACCAGACCAGGCAUCACUGCAUAGCUUUUCUGCAAAUAUUCACACAGUACAGCAGAUUUUAGAAGAGGCUGCACGUUUACUGAAGCUUCUCUGGAGAGUUUCCCUUCCACUGAAAGCUGUACACGGUACUCAUGGUACUCAGGAUGAAGGCAUGAAAGCGGAAAUAUUCAGAUUACGUAAGAAACUGUCUGAGCAAGAGAAGAAGUUACACAGCACGGUGAAACGCUUGCACUCCACAAACCAGUUGAAGGAAAACAUGGAGAAAGUCAUCAUUGACCAGCUGGUUUUAACCCAUGAUGUCUUGAAGAAAGCUAGAGGAAACCUGGAAGUCCCAGCAGCUGAGAGUCAAAAAUCACCUUCUUAUACCAGCAAAAAAAGGAUUCUCUGA